CAGUCUCUCUUUUUCACAUCUCUUUCUUCAUCGUCUCCGCCGUCCGACAGCCAUGUACAGGCAGGUGCUGGUGCCACCCGGUACCCACUCUCUGCAGUGGCGGGAGACUUGGCCGCGUUUGCUUGCUCCUCUGACCUUAUGGAUAUGUGUUUCGAUUAGUCUGAGGUUCGGUUACUACGGGGACUGUCGAAUGGUGCUCGGACCCAACUCUUCGCGAUUGAUGAAGGCAAGACCUCUGUUCGUGGAGCUGGUCGAAGCCAGAGAUGAAGAUCGGAAAGGGGUUCUUCUUUAUGGGUUCUCGGAAAAACCGGAGUUGAAUUGGGAAACAAAUUGGAGUGUCUCUAAUUAUCUGAUUGUGGGAGCAUACAACCACCAGGGAUUUUCGUUGUGGUUAAACAAGGGUUCUGAUAUCAGAAUGAGAUGGGAAACUCAAACAAGUAGAUUAGCUCAUCUUCAACCGAUUAUCAUUAAAGGCGAACGAAAACGCAAAACAUUGCUGCCAAAAUUUUCAAGUUCUUUCGAUCCCCUUGCUCUGAGUGAACCACUUAGUGGAAAAGAAGUUGAGUACACCGUCAAAGAAGAUGACAAGUACUAUGUAGGAGUGAUUAACAAGUACCGUAGAAGCAUUAUUAUAUCCAUAACUUUGAAUGUUACAUCCAAGAUGUAUGAUCUAACAAAAGCAAGGAACAAUUGUUCCACAGAGACAGGAUCCUGCCAGCUAAAACUUAUAUUUCCUGACACUCAGUUCCUUGUACUUACAACUCCAAACAAAGUCAGAUCUACAACCCUUUUGUCAUUUGCUUUAACAUCAUCAAGUUCAUAACUGAUUCAUUUCCUCAUGGAUUUAAUCACAUGCAUAGUAAUUUUGAUUUCAGGUUGACAGUGGUGCCUGGUAUAUUGAGCUUUCUUUUGUGGCUCGACUAAUAACAUAUAUAGCAAUUUUAGGCUUUUUCUUUGUUAUAAUUUUCUUUGUAUUGAAAUACCUGGGGGCAUGUGAUACUCGUGGGAGCGUAUUUGAUACAGCCCCAAUGGGAAUACAAUAUGAUAGGACUCCUGCUACCGAGACCACCCCCCUACUAACACGAACGCAAUUGCGAUCCACGUAUGGAACAGAAAGAGGAGAUGCAGAUGAUGAUGAAACGGGGUCAUCUAGUAGCUCUUCAGAAGAUCUCUAUGAUGCAAAACUAUGUGUAGUAUGCUAUGAUGAUCAACGCAACUGUUUCUUCGUUCCUUGUGGCCAUUGUGCCACCUGCUACGAUUGUGCUCAAAGGAUAAUGAGUGAGGAUAGCAAGAUGUGUCCAAUUUGUCGAAGACUAAUUCACAAAGUAAGGAGAUUAUUUAGUCCUUGAGAAUUGAGGAAAUAGGAUCAGUAAAUUCAUUUCACAGAGUGAAUUGUAUGCCAUUGCAGUUUUUUUGUGCGAGUUCUUGGCUUGAAUCCUGAUUGUAACUCGUGUAAUUAGCUUCUAAUUUCUCAUUUCACGCGACACAGAAAUGUCAAUUCUCUGGAGGUUUUAUUCUCUUCUCAAAUCUUUAUUACCUGAGAGGAGUAGCUAUGUAUCACAAAGUUGAUUCCCAGCCGUUGUGACGUCUUUCUUAUUUGUUCUUUUAUUCAGAUAUUUAUGGGAAUCUGUUGCUUUCAGUGAAGCAGUCUAUACUCGACGCCUUUGUCAAGGUUGCGUAUGAUUUUGCAUCAGGAUUUUAGAAGCUGAAAAUUACAAAUCCUUGGCCAGAUCACGAAUGCCAAUGACCAAAAUGAAAUCAUUUUUCUCAAAAAACAUUAAUCUAUCCAUGGAAGUCUCUUCUUUCUUCUAUCUUCUGUUGUUUUUCUUGUAUUUCCUCAUCAAGAGGUUUUUCCAAGAAAACAGAGGAUUCCCACCAAGCCCUGCUCUGCCUCUUCCCAUAUUCGGCCAUCUCCAUCUCCUAAAACGCCCCCUGCAUCGAACCUUUGCCAGGCUUUCCAAGCAACAUGGUCACGUUCUCUUCCUUCGUUUCGGGUCUCGCCCAGUAGUUGUUGUAUCUUCCCCAUCUGCUGCAGAAGAAUGUUUCACCAAAAACGACCUAGUUUUCGCAAACCGCCCUCGCCUGCUCGCCGAAAACACCUCGGUUACAAUUAUACCACCCUUCUCUGGACCUCUUACGGAGAUCACUGGCGAAACUUGAGGCGCGUGGCCUCUCUCGAGAUAUUGUCAUCUGCUCGGCUUCAACUGUUGCAAAGUAUACGCGCCGACGAGAUCAAAUCAUCGAUCCUCAGGCUUUAUAGAAAUUCAAAGGGCGGAGAUCAAUUCCAGGUUGUAGAAAUGAAAUCAGUGUUUUUCCAGGUGACCCUUAAUAUUAUUUCAAGAAUGAUUGCCGGAAAGAGGUAUUAUGGCGAAGAUGUAGCGGAGCACAACGAAGCACAAAAGUUCAAAGAGAUCGUUAGGGAGUCAUUCGAAUUAAGUGGAGCUACAAACAUCGCUGAUUUCCUACCCGUUUUGAAUUGGCUUGGAUUUAAUAGAAUUGAGGAAAGGCUGGCAAUUCUUCAGAGGAAAAGGGAUGAAUUUAUGCAGAAUUUGAUUGAAGAAAGAAAAAGAAACACGAUUGAUUCAUCCCUUCCUGAAGGGAAAAACAAGACCAUGAUUGAUGUUCUUCUAUCUCAGCAAGAAAGUCAACCUGAUUAUUACAAAGAUGAUAUCAUCAGAGGCAUGAUGCUGGUAAGAAUUUUCAAAGCAACGACUUUUUUAAUUUCCCCUAAUAAAAUUUUCCUCUUCAUUUUCCUGCUAUCCAAACAACCAAAACUCCUUGAUUUUGAGUUACAGGUCAUGUUAUCAGCUGGGACUGAUACAUCAGCUGGAACCAUGGAAUGGACACUUUCUCUU